AUGGAGAAACACCUCCCCAACCAGGGACGCCUCCUUGCGCACGCCUCUGACGUCUCGCCGCUACCGCCGCAAGGUCUUGAACCCAAUCUGUGUACCGGUGACAACGCGGCCAGUGUUCCAGAUACAACCCCUCCGCAAUGUCUGUCGGAUCAAGUCGGCGAGGCGAAUACCCAAGCAUCUCCUCAACACUCAUUACCCAAAGAUGCACAUCAUCAAAGCUCGGACCAGCAACCUGACAAGGUGGACCACGAACAAGUCCCCGCACCCUGUGGAUCCGAAACCGCAGCCGCCGACAUCGAACACUCGCCCACCGAAACCCCACAAUCACCACAAAACCCAUUAACUGAACCCGCGAGUCCAGUCGACCUCCCGCAGUCGCCUCAACUUACCGAGAUUGUCCACACGUCAGGCCCCACCACGCCUCCGCCAGACUCCCCGCCGACUCUGCCCUCGGACCCUUCCGAAGAUGCCGUCUGUCACCAAUGCGCCCAGCUAUGCGAAGAGAACGACUCUCUGACCCGCAGGGUAGCCCGCCUGCGCCAGCGCCUCCGCGACUCGUUUGAACAAUCGCAAACCCACGGCCAACGCCUGCUCCGCGCAGCGUAUCAGGAGAAGAUCCAGGAGCUCAGUAUGGAGCACGCCCAUCGUACUACGGAAGUCUUGAACAUGCAAAAGCAGUGCUUUGAGCAGGAGCUGGAGGCCCUCGAAAGCGAGUCUCAGGCGGCCAUUAAUUCCCUCACGAGGGAAAGAGAUGCUGAACGCGAGGCCCGUGUAAGAGAGGAGCAAGGCUAUCGCAGGGAGAGACAACUCGCUUUGGACAAGACUACAGCUACCAUGAUUGCCGUGCAGAGAAAAAUGGCACAGCUGCAUGCUAGAGCAACUAGACUGGAGAGGGACAAUAAGAAUUUAACCGCCGCGCUUAUUGAGAAACAGAUUAUGGUCGAGGUUCUUGCCAGCGCUGCGGCGGCGAAGGACGUGGAGAGGAGGAGAUUGGAUUUGUUGUCCAGGACGCAAGAGGAGGAAAGGAAUAGGAAGGAUUCCUUAAUUGCGGCACUGCAGGCCGAGGUUGGUCACCUGAGAGAGGAGUUGGUGCAAGACCAGCAGGCCAAUAAUAUUCUGGCUGCACAAGUGGAAGAGCUAAAGGGAGAGCGUGAUGGAGAUCGCCAGCGUAUGGAAAAGGAUCUCGACGAUUGCAAGCAGCAGCAGAAAAAGGAGUCUGACCGUUUAGGGCGGUUGUUCACAAGCAUGAUCCAGGACUUUGCCACGGUACAGAUUCCCCACGAAUAACCACGCAGGCUGUGCAUCGCUGGGGCAGGAAGACUUGAAAGUCCGUCAACUUUGAGCGAAUGCUGGCGGGGUUUGCGAUUUUGUACCUUUUGGGGGACCUUGUUUGCCGUGGCGGUAAACCGGCAAGCAGAACAACGAUUGUAUAGCACAAAAUGUAUGGUAACAAGAUGUAUGGGAAUGCUUUUGCUCUCGAACUUAAUCUACGGAAGGUUGUACAGGCUUGGCAUGCUGCUUAUCAGCAUAAAUAGUUGGUUCACUAGAGAACCAUCUUUUGUAUCUUGUUGUUCUCCGCGCUCUGGCUGUAACAUCGAGCGGAGCAGUAACGACAUCUUCUCAUUCUUUAGGCCAAGAAAUGAAACCAAAUGUGACUAAUUAUGUAAUUUUUCUGAUAAAUAUCCUGACACAAA